GAUAACUGUCCACCAUCUUUGUCGAUUUGUUGCGCCCGUGUGGUUUUCGAAAAUUCUGUGAUCGAAAACCGACUAAUUACGCGGUAAAUUUAAGACACAACUAAGUAAUUCGCAUGGCUUACGGUGCGACCGAGCGGUGUGGAGGGAUCUCGACAAGUGCAAGGUGUGAUCUAAGUUUAAUCUGCUUGCUAAUAAAAUUGAGAGUAUGUAAAGUAAGAGCUAUAUGAUUAGGUCCUCAACGGAAUGAUUACUCAAGGCAAGCAGCUGGCACUUGAGCAGGAAGGCUGUGAUCCUUCGCUCCGAACUAGAGACCUCAAAUUAAUAGCUCCCUUUACAUCCUGUAUACCCUCUACACCAUGGCCUUUUAAUAGCAUAUGGAUUUAACGGUAAUUAAAUUUACUCGUCACCUAAAACCGGUUUUAGUUAGAAGUCCAGUCAUCUUUAAUUGCAAAGAAGCUGUUAAAUUGUGACCCGAUUAUUCAAACUUGAUCUGUAAACAAACAUUAAUGAGGACCGUAAAAGUGUGAUUAAAUGAAUUCCGUAUUGGCUCGCAGAGUAUAAUUAAAUCCCUCAAGACUGUAAAACAAGGAGUUGCAAAAAUAUUGAGGCAUACCAAGUAUUUAUAAAAAUACAUACCGAAUAUUAUGAAAUCCAGUUAACUUUUGAGUCGCAAACCCCGCAGUUCGCAUUUCCAACAUAAUGAAAGCGCUGUUGAUCAUUCUGUUUCCGUCGAUUUUUGUAUCCUUGGCAUCCUCAAAUCUAGUAAAUGCUGUUCAACAGAGGACAUCCAAUCCAAUAGCGGAAAAUCCCUGCAGUUCAUAUCGUGUUUGGGUUUUAAGGCCCAUCCUCGAUCGAUUUGUAAAGGUGAAUUCCAGUGAGGAACUGAAAGUCCAAGUAAAUGCUAUGGCAGAAACUAUUAAGGAUUUGCAAAGUCAAAUCAACUGCAAGGAAGAGCAAUUAGUUGAAAAAACCAAGGAAAUCAAGGAUCAAAGGGGCAAGGUUAAUGUCUUGGCGGCAAACAUUAAACACUUGCGGAGUGAGCUGGUAACAGCUAAAGCUGAAAUCAAAAACAAGGACAAACAGAUACAAUUUAAUUUUGAAAAAAUAUCUGAGAUAACCGAAGAACUUUUGGAAUGCAAGCCAAAGGGCUUUUGUCCCAGCGAAGGACCAAGUGGAAUUUACAAUAUUACAAUGAGGGGAAUCGAUACUUUCGGGGUACCCUGCAAUUCAAAAGGUUGGUUAACCAUUCAAAAACGAUUCGACGGUUCCGAGAACUUCGAUCGUCCCUGGAAGGACUACAAGGAUGGAUUCGGGAAUACAACAGGAGAGUUUUUCAUUGGGUUGGAAAAAAUUCACCAUAUUACCCACGAGCAACCACACGAACUUUACAUAACACUGAGAAAGAUCGAUGGCUCCACUAGCUAUGCUCACUAUAAGGAUAUCAAAAUUGGAAGUGAGGAAGAAUCGUACCCGCUAAAAGCGCUGGGUACAUAUGAAGGUACGGCCGGGGACUCCCUGAGGGUUCAUGAGAACAAAAAGUUCACCACUUUCGACCGGGAUAAUGAUUCCUACAAAUUUAACUGCGCUGCCGAUGAAUAUGGUGGCUGGUGGUACUACAACUGUGCCCAGAGCAUGCUCAAUGGAAAGUACUAUAAAGAGGGCCACUCCAGAGAUAACAAGACAAAUGGCAUUUUAUGGGGUUCUUGGCACAACAACGACUGGACCUACUCGCUCACCUUUGUGGAAAUGAUGAUUAGGCCUAAAACGUUAUGAAAUAAAAUUGUAAAUACUAUUAUUAUUUAGGUGAAACAAAUCACAAUACUGCAUUAAUUAAUAAUAUUUUGUUAUCUAUUCGAACGCGUUCUGAUUUACAUUGUAUUUUUGAUCUGAAAUUCGGUUCCUUUGUAAAAAUUGGCUCGAAGAA